GGGAGCAUGGGCCCGGAUGGGGGGUGCACGGGACCGAUGCCGAACCGGCCUAGCUGGGAGGAAAAGAAGAAAGGGAGGGGAGGGGAGAAGCCGGCCCUGGGCAGGCCAAGAAUUCUAUUAUCGUGGUAGUGGGAGCUGGGAGACCCCUGUGCUUGGACGGGAAAGGGUCGGGGGACACGCAAGAUGAGCCCCGCGACCACUGGCACGUUCUUACUGACAGCUUUUUUAUUAAGCUGUGCGGAUGGCAUAAAUGGAACAGGUAACUGGAAGACCAGACAAGCGAACAGUUUUAUUAUCAGCAGAAAAAUGGCUGCUGGGAAGAAAGACGUGUACACUCUUUUCUCAAAGGUGCACGCUGAUCGGAACGUAUACCCGUCUGCAGGGGUCCUCUUUGUUCACGUUUUGGAGAGAGAGUAUUUCAAGGGUGAAUUUCCUCCUUAUCCAAAGCCCGGUGAGGUUAGUAAUGAUCCCAUAACAUUUAACACAAAUUUAAUGGGUUACCCAGACAGACCUGGAUGGCUUCGAUACAUCCAAAGGACACCAUACAGUGAUGGGGUUCUGUAUGGGUCCCCAACAGCUGAAAAUGUGGGGAAACCAACAAUCAUUGAGAUAACUGCCUAUAAUAGACGUACCUUUGAGACUGCAAGGCAUAACUUGAUAAUUAAUAUAAUGUCAGCAGAAGAAUUCCCGUUGCCAUAUCAAGCAGAAUUCUUCAUCAAAAAUAUGAAUGUGGAAGAAAUGUUGGCCAGUGAGGUUCUUGGAGACUUUCUUGGGGCUGUAAAAAAUGUGUGGCAACCGGAGCGUCUCAACGCUAUAAACAUCACGUCGGCCCUAGACAGGGGUGGAAGGGUGCCGCUUCCUAUUAAUGACAUGAAGGAGGGUGUUUAUGUCAUGGUUGGUGCCGAUGUUGCCUUUUCUUCUUGUUUACGAGAAGUUGAAAAUCCACAGAAUCAGUUGAGAUGCAGUCAAGAAAUGGAGCCUGUGAUAACAUGUGACAAGAAGUUUCGAACUCAGUUUCACAUUGACUGGUGCAAAAUUUCACUGGUUGAUAAAACAAAGCAAGUGUCCACCUAUCAUGAAGUGGUUCGUGGUGAGGGGAUCUUGCCCGAUGGUGGGGAGUACAAGCCCCCCUCCGAGUCUUUGAAAAGCAGAGACUACUACACGGAUUUCCUGGUCACCCUGGCUGUGCCUUCGGCAGUAGCACUGGUGCUUUUCCUGAUCCUGGCCUACAUCAUGUGCUGCCGCCGGGAAGGAGUGGAAAAGAGAAACAUGCAAACCCCAGAUAUCCAACUUGUCCAUCACAGUUCUAUUCAAAAAUCUACCAAGGAGCUUCGAGACAUGUCCAAAAACAGAGAGAUUGCAUGGCCCCUGUCUACACUCCCCGUGUUUCACCCCGUGACUGGGGAAAUCAUACCUCCCCUGCACACAGACAACUAUGACAGCACCAACAUGCCCUUGAUGCAGACACAGCAGAACUUGCCACACCAGACUCAGAUUCCCCAGCAGCAGACUACAGGAGAUUUUCGUUUGACAACUUUUCAAAGAUUUGAGGUAAAUGGUAUCCCUGAAGAAAGAAAACUGACCGAAGCAAUGAGUUUAUAAUCAGCAACACAGCGUUAUGUCUGUCUCAUUUCCUUUUGCUCCCAAUAAUGCAUGAGCUUUUCUGACAUCAGUUAUGCAUGCUGACUGUAUUAAGUAUAUACCAAAUACUACAACAUAUCUUUUAUUUACUAAUGUAUUUUUUUGUACUUAAAGCAUUUUUGAAAAUUUAUAAGACAUCAGUGACUUUAUAUUUGUUACAAUAAAAAGUGAUCUUUAAAAUAAAUAUUA